AUGUCUUCACGCGCUUUUCACGGUACGUACGAAGAGGAGCGCCGCCACUUCCUGACUACGCUGCAUGCUCAGAUACACAUUCUCAGAGACAACCACAAUGAUGGCGUGGAGAUGGCCAUCGAUUCUCUGAAUCUUCUCCUUCGACGAGUUAAUGGCCUGAGAAUCGCCGGACAGGCUCAUUUCAAGCACGAUAACACUAGUUGGACAUCCAGAUGUAAUAAGAUUUAUCACCGAGUGGAAUAUUUUAUAGAUGCUCUUCGUUCGGACCGAAGCAGCUCCUGCAGAGUCGCCAAUGAUAUUGAGAGAUUUCGCCAGAUCGAGGCGACCGAAGUGGUGCCCCGUCGCCUGAGCCUAGGCGUUGAUUGA